AUGGCCUCGCCGCGGAUCCCAGAGAGGAUCUGGUACAAAGUUGGACCCAAAGGAUUGAGCGACCAGUCACACGAAUGGCUGGACGAAUGUCUCCACAAAAACCCAGCUCAUAGUGCGCGGAUCUUCACAGACCUCACAGGCGACGAAUACGUGCAAGAAAACUUCGCCCAUCGUCCCGAUAUCAUCGCCGCAUACCUUGCUCUCGCGGUGCCGAUCUUAAAAGCCGAUCUCCUGCGCUAUCUGAUUCUCUUCACUGAAGGUGGCAUCUGGUUUGAUCUUGAUGUCUCGUGUGGUGAUGUGCCCAUUAGAGAAUGGAUCCCCGAGACAAUGCGCGCGAAAGCUGGGCUUGUUGUUGGGUGGGAGUUUGAUGUUGGCUGGGGCCAGAGUUUCACGCGGCAGUUUGAGAGUUGGGCGAUUAUGGCGGCGCCGGGGUCAUCGCAUCUUUUGAUGGUUAUCAAUGAUAUUAUGGAUGGGAUUCGUCAGAAGACGGAGGAGUAUGGGGUUCCGGUUUCUGGGUUGACUUUGGAGAUGACGGGGAGUGUGAUUGACUUUACGGGGCCGAGACGGUUGACUCGGGGGAUUUUGAAGAGUUUGGAAUUGGUUCGCAAUGAAGCGAUCGAUAUGCCGAGUAUCUCGAACCUGUUAGAGCCCGUUUUGGUCGAGGAUGUUUUGAUCUUGCCGGGGUAUUCAUUUGCUGCGUUGACGAAUUCCUACGGCAAUGAGACGACUGGUCCUGCAUUGGUCCAGCAUCAUUAUGCCGGCAGUUGGAAGAAUCAAAAUGGAGGUGAGAUAUGA